AUGUCUGUGAUUGAGUAUGAGACUCAAUUUAAUCAUAAGGCACGUUUUGCCUUACGAUUCUUAUCUUCUGAACAUGAUCGAAUAGAGCAUUUUGUUGAUGGUAUGAGGAGAGAAAUCCAGGAGUUUGUUGUUAAUCGUGAUAUUCCGAGUUUCAAUAUAGCUGUGGAGUAUGCUCGUCGCCAUGAACACGAUUUAACGAAAUUUGGGGAACCAACUUCUGAAUCAAAAAGGCAACGAACUGAAAGAACCAUCUCUGUACCUACUCAGCGACAAUCUCGAUCUUUCACUCCUCGAAUGAGUCAAUCUCAAAAUAUUCUGCGUGCCCAAUCACAAGUCUAUUCACUUCAAUCUAAUGCGUCACGUCCUUGUCAAAGAUGUGGCAAAACUCACCAAAGGCGAUGCCUUACUGAAACAACAAACUUGAAAUGUUUUUGCUGUGGGGAAAUGGGUCACGUUCGUGUAAACUGCCCAAAAAGAAAUCGAGCAUGUUAUUCUUGUGGAGUAUUUGGGCACCGAUAA